UAUGUAAAAAUUGUUUCUCCUUCCUGAUCAUCAAGACCCAUCCACAUUAAUUCACUUUGAAAAAAACCAGUGCUCAUAGUCUAGCGAAAGAUAAAGAAGAAAGAAGGGAUCAUUCUCUCGUGCAAAUCGAGGAGGAGAGAGGAAAAAGAGGGAAUUUUGGAGCAAUUGGGGCUUCUGAUCUUCUCUCCAGAUCAAGCAGAGACGAAAUCUAGGAAGAGGAGAGGACGCUGGGGGAUGAAAGCUUUGUGGUGGUGCAGUCAUGAAGGCGUAGCUGAAGCUGGGGCUGACGACGGUGGCCGGAGCAAGUGCGCAGAAGGUGGUCGGGGCGGCGUUGUCAAUGCCGCCCCAGAGGGCGCGGUUGCAGACGUGGUUCACAAGGGUUUGCUCCUGCGUCAUUGUUUGGGCGUGCGUUGCGCAGGUGUUCGCCCUAGGUCCCAUCUGGUUCAGCCCUCGCAUCUUCGCUCCCUCGAGGAACCGCUUCUUCUUCUUUGGUAGCUCUUGGUUUCCGAACUUCUCGCUCAGAUCUGAUUCCCUUUCUCUGCCGCCGCCUCUGUCUCGUCUGCCUUCCAGAAUUUAUAAGAGUAAUGGUUAUCUCAAAGUUUCUUGCAAUGGAGGCCUGAAUCAAAUGCGUUCUGCUAUUUGUGAUAUGGUGACUGUUGCCCAUUGGUUAAACCUCACAUUGGUUAUUCCAGAGCUCGAUAAAACAUCGUUUUGGGCAGAUCCAAGCAAUUUUGAUGAUAUAUUUGAUGUGAGGCAUUUCAUUGAGUCUUUAAGAGGUGAAGUUCAUAUAAUUCAAAGGCUACCCAAGAAAUUUUCUAGAAAUGCAUCAAAUGAUACACUGACAAUGCCUCCGAAAAGCUGGUCUGAUGAGAAAUAUUACUUGCAUCAGAUUCUGCCACUUUUCAAGAAAUUCAAGGUGAUACAUUUCAACAAGACUGAUGCACGUCUGGCUAAUAAUGGUCUACCUAUCGAGCUUCAAAAGCUUAGAUGUCGUGUUAACUAUCAGGCACUAAAGUUCACUCCUCAAAUUGAGGCUUUAGGGAAAAAAUUGAUCAAUAUUCUUCGAGGAAGAGGAACUUUUGUGGCUUUGCAUUUGAGGUAUGAGAUGGACAUGCUUUCAUUCUCAGGUUGCACUCAUGGUUGCACUAAGGAAGAAGCUGAGGAGCUUAGAAGGAUGAGAUAUGCUCACCAAUGGUGGAAGGAGAAAGAGAUAGACUCUGAAGACAAGAGAUUGAAAGGCCUGUGCCCUCUGACACCGGAGGAAACCACUCUUGUUUUGCGAGCCUUGGGUUUUGAUAGUGGUACUCAAAUCUACAUUGCUUCCGGUGAGACAUAUGGCAGUGCUCGGAGGCUCUCAGCAUUGCAAGCUGCAUUUCCUAGACUUGUUCGCAAGGAGAAGCUACUAGACCAUGAAGAUCUGAAGCAAUUCCAGAACCAUUCCUCACAAAUGGCUGCUUUAGAUUACAUGGUUUCUAUAGCCAGUGAUAUUUUUAUUCCCACCUUCAAUGGGAAUAUGGCCAAAGUUGUCGAAGGCCAUCGCAGGUAUCUUGGUUUCCGGAGAAGUAUAUUGCUGGAUCGGAGAAAAUUAGUGGAGCUUCUUGAUAUGCAUGAAAACAAAACACUCUCUUGGGAUGGUUUUGUUAAAGCUGUUCGUCUUGCACAUGAAAGCACGCUCGGACAACCAGCCUGCAGGAAACUAGUUCCAGACAAGCCGAAAGAAGAGGAUUUUUUUUAUGCUAACCCUCAUGAGUGUCUCAAGAAUGCAAUAGAGUGUCAUUAACCCGUAAACUCGUAUUUCUGUUCUUGAUCAGGGAGUUGUGCUUUGUAUGCCUUCCCGGUUACAUGUAAUACAAUGGCAGUAAAAGAAAUGACUGCUGUUGCUCCUGCUACAUGUAAUUUUCUUUUUCGAAGAUGUCAAUCUUUACUUGAUGCUCAUGUAAUAUCAUCAUAUUAAUUGUUUUAUUUGUUAUACCACUUGAAUCAGCUGUGUACAUUGUUUUUUGCCA